GCCAUGGGCACGGCCGGGCUCCUGGUCAUCCUGGGCCUGGCAGCGCUGCUGCCCACGGACGCUGUUCCCUGCGGAGCCCAGCGCCCGGACAGCUCCACGGCCUCCAAGCUGCUGGGGACGUGGCUGUACGUGGCAGGGGCUGCCCAGUUCCCCCCGCACCGUGUGGAGAUGCUGCUCAUCGAUCACGCCUAUCUGCGCCUGGAGCCCGGCGCCAGCGGGCAGGAGCUGCUCAUCAGCCACUACGUGGCCGUGGGGAACCAGUGUUUCACCAACAACCUCACCUACCUGGAAGUCAUUGCCGGUAACGCCACGCUGGUGAAGCACGCCAAGACCCAGCACACGGAGGGGAUGCUGAUGAAUGUGAGCUCUGAAAACCUUUUACUCGUCCAGUACCAAAUGCAGAGGGAAAGGACGUACUUGGGGCAGUAUCUCUAUGCCAGGAACCCAAGAAUAAGCAGAGCCGAGCGGGAGGAGUUUGAGCAACACGCCGAGUGCCUGGGGCUGAGGGGGGAGCAGAUCGUGUAUGCGCCGUGGAAAACGGAGGUGUGUCAAGUGAAAGAAGCUGAAGGAGGCAACAGCCUGCAGCCAGAGCCCGUGGCUGCAGUCACAGCAUCACCUGCUCCAGGUACUCCCUGGCCUGGGAGUGCAGGGAACUGACCCCACACAGGGCAA